CAAGGAAGUAGUUGUGCAGCCCGCUUUCUUACGGCGCAUUGCUGUGCCUGUUCGGGCCUCUACCGGUAAUAUUCCUUUCCACGCAUCAUUGGGCUGUGGUAACAAUCAGGCGAAAGUCAACUUGACGAUUGCACACUCGCUAGUGUUUUGUUCAGUAAUCGAACGGACCAAAGCUCACAUUGUGCUUCGGCCGAGGCUGCUCACAGGUUCUGUACUUGUAUAGGUGAUGGCAUCUUGCUCCGGUUUUUCACAUUCUUCAACACUUCAUACCUCAACAGGUGAAACACAUUUAAACUCCUUAUCCUUGAUAACAUGGAAACUUUAAGGCCAACAAUUGUUUUUGCACCUGGAGCAUGGCAUUCAUCAGAAUGCUUCUAUCCUGUUGUUGAAAGACUGCACGCACGUGGCUGGUCAACAGAGAGUGUCUCCUAUCCCUCCUAUGGCGCCGAGCCUCCAAACAAAACUCUUAUCGAUGAUGUCGCAAGCGUGCGGACAACAUUGGAGCAGUUGAUAAAUCAAGGGAGGGAGAUCGUGCUCGUUGCUCACUCCUACGGCGGACUUGUAGCAGCUAACGCUACGGAGGGCCUUGCAAAAGAGCAUCAGGCCAAAGUAGGCAGGAAGGGAGGUGUUAUCAUGCUCGUCUACCUUGCCGCCUUUGUGGUACCAAAAGGAAAGGGUAUGGCUGACAUGUUUGGUGGCCAACUCCCAUCUUGGAUCAAUGGCAAUAACUGCAUUCCCCAAAACCCUGUGGAGCUCUUCUACCACGACGUGGGCGAAAAGGACUUGAAACAAGCCAUAUCUCAGCUCAAACAUACAUCAGCAAUUGCAUACCAUACUGAGGCUCUUUACGAGCCAUGGCAAGACAUGCCUUGUUUGUACUUCUUUUGCGAACAAGACCGUACGAUACCAAUUGCGACACAAAAGGCAUUCGCUGCAUCUCUGGGGACUGAUGCAUUCGAAUUUACUUGUAGUGCUUCUCAUUCUCCUUUCCUCAGUAUGCCUGACAAAGUCGUCGAGGGGUUGGAAUAUGCUGCAAGGGUCGCUCGUCAGGAGCAAGGGUCAAAUUAGUUCCCGAACUCCUGUUGCGGUUGCAACGAGAGCUUUGCUUGAGCAUUAGCGAGUGUGAUAUCGCAGGCUAGGUACUGCCAUGAAACUUGGUUGUCUCGUCAUUAAGCAGCAUGGAAAGGCAAGAAAGUAUGGAAAUAACAAUCCUCAUGCCGCUAACGGCAUGUUUUGUACCACAAUGGAAUUACCAUACUACCAAAUAAUGACGCAACGUCUAAAAGAGUCUAUUGCAAAGCUUUUCUUAACUGAUUCCUAUAGUCAUUGGCAUCUGCGCUAGAAAUAAGCGCAAACCAAUGCACCACGCCUACUUGAUUCCCUGAAGGCGACGGAUUAACUUACUACAUUAAUGCCUGGUUUAUCGAGAACAAGAGGUCAAUGCACCGCGUACCCUCUCGGAUCGAACAAAUUGAUCAGCCAAUGGAAAGCCGGGUGGGCGCAGCC